AUGCUGGUAUCGUUGCCGUUGUUGUGGUCGAUGUUGCCUUUGUUUGCUUCGUUUUCCGUUGCUAUGCCCGCCGCCGCCGUCUACCUUGCAACUGUCACCACCGCCUACCUUGCUAUUGCCUUACCUACUGCCAUGCUCAUAGGGUUUCUGUGUUUUGCCUUAUCUACUGCCGUUCUCACAAGGUUUCUGUGUUCUGCCUUAUCUACUGUUGUGCUCACAGGGUUUCUGUGUUUUGCCUUGUCUACUGUUAUGCUCACGGGGUUUCUGCGUUUUGCAUUUCCUACUACCGUGCUCACAGGGUUUCUGUGUUUUGCCUUAUCUAUUGCUGUGCUCACAGGGUUUCUGUGUUCUGCCUUAUCUACUGUCAUGCUCACAGGGUUUAUGUGUUUUGCCUUACCUAUUCCUGUGCUCACGGGAUUUUUGUGUUCUGCCUUAUCUUUUGCCAUGCUCAUAGGGUUUCUGUGUUCUGCCUUAUUUACUGCUGUGCUCACAGGGUUUAUGUGUUCUGCUUUAUCUAUUGUCAUGCUCAUAGGGUUUCUGUGUUCUGCUAUGUGCCCUAUUUUUUAA